UUUUAACAGCUAUAUAUAAAAAGUUGAAUUAUUUCCUUUCGCGCAGAGCAAUUUUAUUUCAAAUUUCUAGCUUCAGAAUGAUAAUUACGUAUUUGUAAUUAUCAACAAGCUUUAAAAAUAUGGAAUAUUCAGCCAGAUGAAAUAUAGGUAAAGUAUUUAGAAGAAAAAAGAUUGAAAUGUUUUAUGUAAAACGAUUAAAUUAAGUGGUUGAGUUUGAAAAUUUGACUCGGUUUAAUAAUUCAAUGGAAAAAAUAUUCGCCCUAUGAAAAAAAAUUCAUGUUCCUGUCGAUAUAUCGGCGAGGUGCUCCUCUACUUUCGACUACUCUGCAAUUCAAAUGCAAUACUCGAAUAUACAUGGCGAAAGAAAUGGAAAUUGAGUAAUUUAAGGGAACCAAUUACUCUCGCGUCGACGUAACUUCAAAAUGUUUCACGUGUCGGUGUUUGCGAAAUGAAGUUCGUCGUUAUCCGAUUAACACGCUUGCAGAUGCGUUCUUUUUGUUGCAAAGUAAAUGAACAAAUUGUGAACAAAUAAUGUUUACAAUUACAUCAAAAUUAAUGUCCUAAACUUUACCAAGAAUUAUUAAAAAUCCCUGCGUAUUGCUUACGUAAUGUUGAUAUUGAGUAGUACCAUACAUAACCUCAACAUUAUGAUACUUACAAACAUCGCUAAACAAGUAGUGCGAACGAUGUCGACAUUUCGCUUGGCGUUGGUACAACUUGAAGUAAAUGAAGUAAAACGCAAAAAUGUAGAGCGGGCAGUUUCCUACAUUUCUAGCGCAAAAGAGCACAAUGCUGAUAUUAUAGCUCUUCCUGAAUGCUUUAAUUCACCAUAUGGAAUACAGUACUUUCCAAAAUACGCCGAGAGUAUUCCUGAUGGUGAAACGAGCGUUGCUUCAUCGAACGCAGCUAAAGAAAACAACAUCUAUGUAGUUGGUGGUACGAUGCCUGAAAUAGAGGGCGAUAAAUUGUACAAUACCUGUACUAUUUGGGGUCCCGAUGGAACUUUGAUAGCAAAACACCGAAAGGUACAUCUAUUCGACAUCGACAUUCCUAAUAAGAUUACUUUUCGAGAGAGUGAUUCACUCAGUCCUGGUAACUCCCUAACGACGUUCGAUGUGAAGGGCUGCAAAAUAGGUAUUGGCAUUUGCUAUGAUAUUAGAUUCGAGGAAAUGGCACGCAUUUAUCGGAACAAAGGUUGCCAAAUGCUGAUAUAUCCAGCGGCAUUCAAUAUGACCACUGGACCACUGCACUGGUCAUUACUUCAGCGUUUCAGAGCGAAUGAUAAUCAAUUAUACGUUGCCUGCAUAUCACCGGCUCGUGUUCCUUAAACAAGUUACGUCGCAUGGGGACAUACACAGUUGACCAAUCCCUGGGGAAAGAUUCUUUACGAUUUGGAAAUUCAAGAGAAUAUGGCAGUCACCGAUAUCAAAAAAAAAAAAAAAAAAGUCACCGAUAUCGGUAAUUUACAGCUUAAAAUUAAAAGCGAGAGAUCCAUGAUGUAAUUAAUUUUUAGUCUCGUUAAUUUAUCGAUUUAGCCAUCUUCCUCUGUAUUUGUUGAAUUUAUUAGUAAGCAUUACUUAUUACUUCGUAUGUUUCUUUUUUCUAUCAGAUCUAAAAGUUGUUGAGGAAGUAAGGGCUCAGAUACCUACAUUUUCUCAGAGACGUACAGAUUUGUACGACACUGUCUGUAAGAAGGAGUAACUCUACACUAAAACAGAAAAUGUUUUUUUAUAAUAUUUCUACUACGAUAUCCUUUUUUUGUGAAUUAUUACUAAUUUCUUAUCAUUUGUACUAAAUGAAUGACUCAAUUAAGAAAACCAAAACGUUAUAAAUAAUAAUCUGUAUAUCUUGUG